GCCGAGGAAGCGACAUUCAAGACCGUCCUCUUUACGUGAUCCACAAUCCAGUGGAUUCGAUCCAAGCUAAAGCGCUAAUAUUUUGUCGAAGUCACUAGGAUGCCUGAUCGGUCAGGCAAAUGUCCAAUUUUCGGUUAUCAUUAUCACAUGUGCCAUUUAAGUGCACCAUUUGUCCGACUCUGCCCACUUCUGCCCACUACUUUCUCGCUAACGUCGUCUAUGAUCCAUGCAACAGCAGGAAAGGCCGCCAACGUCAAGGCUCUCCUUGAAGGGCUUCCUAACAUUUCCCCAUCGGAUUUGCAACCCACCCCCCUCUGUAGGCAAAGUACGGUCGUGUGGGGUGACACCAUUCCUGCAAGUUCAUCUUGAUGAUGUACUCGAUCGCAAGCACCUUCCGCCUCUCGGCCUCAAGGAUUUCGAAGAAUAUCUUCUCUAUGUCGAGCAAUCACCAGAAAAUCUCUAUUUUUUGCUUUGGCUGAAGGAGUAUACCGCCCGUUACCACACCUGGACCCAGCGUACCAAAGCCAUAAGUGCCCCAACUGCCCCUGAUACUGCAACACGACAAGCCUUUCGCACUACACCAUCGUCAGACCCCUCCCUUGCUCUUUUUUAUGCAAAGCAAAGCAGACCUUCUUCACGCCUGGCGUCGAAUAUUCUCGCUCCAUUCCAUUGUUCACCUCAGAAUUCUGCAUUUCUCACCAGAGUCCGCGGGGCAGCCUUCUCGAACUCACCAAACGCCCACCCAGAUCCUGCAGUAUUCAUAGAGGUAGCAUUAGAGACACGCGCUAUGCUUAAAGAGUCCCUUUCGCGCUUUGUUCGUGCAGCUUCUACCAAUGUUGGCUCACGCAGAGCAGCUUGCGGCAUUGCUGCUGGGAUGCUAUGUUUAUGCAUCGCUGGAAUUUUACCUCUUGCACUGACGUCUUGUAAAUGGGUCGGUGCCCCUCACGGACGGUGGUGGAGGCUAUCAGCAUUCCCCGGCAUGUGGCUUGGUCUGAUGUUGUUGUUCUCUAGUUUCAACGGAGUUUGUCUCAUGGUGUAUGUUUUUGGCGACCUGAGGCAACUUCGAAAAUUUGAGCUCGCUAGGCCAGCUAUUUCAAAGCCGCUGCCUGCCCCUGCCCCUACGGUUACGUCGAUAUCUGCGCCGCUGCCUCACCCGCCGCUGCCUAGCAAGAGGCCUAGCAUCGCAAUAUCCAAGCAUCACGACAGACAGUAUGAUCCAGAAUUCUGCUCGUCUAGGUCCUUCCAAUCCGCACCAUACUCCCUUGCUGCCGAACAACGCUCAUUUUCACGAGCCUCGGACUCAUAUUCUUCCACCGAACUGUCCGGAUCUUCAGAAGACGAAGACUUGUCUUCUUCAGUUGAGUCGCCGGAGAUUGAGAUUUCUCCUGCCUACUUCGAUGAUGUGCCUGCGCCGGAAGGUCCAGCCACAGCCACAGGCUUGCAUCGAUCUCAUUACCGUUCCGCGCAAUCAUCAUCUAUCACGUUCCCUUCCAUAGCACAUACUCGGCAACGUACAAACCCUGCUACGUUUCCUCCACCCCUCGAAUGUCGCGUUUCCAGCGGGAAUGACCCUGAUGUGGAAGAUGAUCUAAAAGAGCACGUCUACACGGGACGAGACGAGAUAGAGAAGUUUUGA